CUUGUACUUGUUUUGUGUUAAACUGUGCCAAAGUUGAGUGUGCGCGUGUCCCGCAUCCGACAUUUGGUGGUGUUUGUCCUAAUUUCUUCAUUCAGAUUCGGUUUGAAGUUCUCAGCAAACGCGCUGUCGUGCGCGCUCUUUUGUGCUACAACAUCGUUUCCGGUGCUAUUCUGUUUGUGCUUCCCUGCGAGCUUCCCUUUUCCUUUCGUCGGAGCAGGAACCGAGUCCCUCCCUCCGCACACAGGCAUUAGAGAACAUCAACAGGACGCAAUAUGACGCACUGGGAGGACUUUUACAAUACACAUCUGCCGCCCACAGAUUUCGAGGAUAAUCGCUCACUGUUAAAGGAGUUCUGUGAGCGACACAAUAAGCUGCAAAACCGCAUUGUGCUCGUCACGUCUGGCGGCACCACAGUGCCUCUGGAGCAUAAUACGGUGCGAUUUGUGGACAAUUUCAGUGCCGGCACACGUGGCUCGUCGAGUGCUGAAUAUUUUCUGGAUCACGAUUAUGCCGUGAUCUUUAUGCAUCGACACAAAUCAUUGGAGCCCUUCACGCGCCACUUUACGGGCCAACAGUUCUUCGAUAUGCUGGACAUUGCGGACAACAGCCAGAGCUCAACGAUAGCCAUCAAGCCGGACUCGGUGGACGUGUUUGCGCCCAUUCUGGCCAAAUACAAGAUAGCCAGAGAGACCCAAAUGAUACUCUAUGUCAACUUCACCAGCGUUGUCGACUACAUGUGGCUUCUGCGUGCCGCCUGCGAGUGUCUUGCGGCGUUUGAGGAGCGUGCAGUUUUAUAUUUGGCAGCUGCCGUAUCCGAUUUCUAUAUACCCGAGGACAUGAUGCCCACACACAAAAUGCAAUCGGGAGAUGGCGCACCAACGAUUUCACUGCAAUUGGUGCCAAAAAUGUUGGCUCCAUUGGCCAGCCUGUGGGUGCCGCAUGCAUUUGUGGUGUCCUUUAAGCUGGAAACGGAUGAAAAUCUAUUGAUUGUCAAGGCACGUGACAGCCUCAACAAAUACAAGCAUAAGCUGGUGAUUGCCAACGUGCUGCAGACACGCAAACAUCGCGUUGUGUUUGUAACGCCAACAGAUUCCUAUGAGUUGCAUUUAAGUCGCGAGCAGGCGUUGCAGGGCCUGGAGAUAGAGGAGCCCAUUGUGGCCGAUGUGGUGCAAAAACACGGCGAUUUCAUCAGCAGCGCCGAACAGCGCCAAUGACCAAUGUCGAUGCGCCGACGGCAACAACAGCAGCUGAUCCAUCACCAUCACCACCAACACCACCAGCAGCAACAGCAGCAGCAGCAGCACCGACAACUGUCGAGCAGCAACGAUGACACCGCCGACGACGCUACGGAUUAUUGCGUGACCAGUUCGCAUUAUUGUCGCGUGCUAAAUCCGGGCACGCCAACCUUUGGCCGCAAAUACUGAGCAGGCGUCCUUUUCUUCUUUGCAUAUUUCUUACGUUUAAGUUAAGCUCACCUAAAUAAGUAUAUUUAUGGCCAAUAUCUAUCUAUUAAGGGUCACGCCCCAGGUUGUACGCAACCAUAAUUGAUGAUGUUAAAUAGCAUGUAAUAUUGUAUUUUUUGUUGUUCUGUUUUGCUUUGUGGUUAAUGUAUUUGAUUUACUGUGCGAUGUUUUGAAAAAUGAUGUCACCUUAAUUCUUAAUGUUUGUCGG